AACUAACCUAAAAUCGAUUGAUUGGAGCCGCGUCUUAUUUUGGUGGUAUUUAUUAUUCUAGUUUUUUUGGCAUUGUUCAGAAAGCGAUAAAGGCCCGUUUUUAAUAGAAAUCCAUUAGAUCGGUAAAUCAAAACCAUAUAACUAUAUACAAUAAAAGAUUAUUGUAUGAACGCGGUUGAAUGCUAAACAAGUUAAUAGUGUCAUUUCCUAGUAGGUGAUUGAAAUAUUGAUAUAAUGGUGCGUGGAGCUGGUAGAGGUGGACGAGGAAUGCCGGGACGAGGGGGAAUGGGACGCCCACCCUUCAAUAGACCAAGGGUUUUAAUGUUAAGACCUCCUUUUGACCUCAUAUUAGCAGAACCAGCCUUCCCGAGAUGUAAACCGGCACCUGAUGACUCCGCUCUUACUCAGGCACUCCUCAAAAGACAUGCAGAACUCUGUCCGUCGCCAGCGGAACAGUCGGCGGUGCUCAGUCUCGUUACCAAACUACAGAGUGUGCUAGACAAUUUGGUAGUAGCACCGGGAGAUUUUGCCGCUUGUCAAUUGGAAGAGGUUCGCCAAGUGGGGUCAUAUAAGAAAGGCACUAUGAUGGCAGGAAAGAAUGUAGCUGAUAUUGUGGUCAUCAUGAAGACCCUGCCUACCAAAGAAGCGGUGGAGGGUCUGUCCAAUAAGGUGAACGAGGAGGUGAACAAGCUGAUGGCGGCGGAGGGCGGCGGCUGCGUGACGUCAUCGUGCCACGAGCGCGGCUUCACCGUGGGCGCGCCCUCCGCCGCCGUGCGCGUGCUCGUCACCACGCUGCACCAGAACCUGAGGAAACUGGAGCCCGACGUACAUUUGGACUACAAGGUGAUAAACAGCCACUUGGCAGCCAUUAGGCACAGCCGCUGGUUCGAGGAGAACGCUCACCAUUCCUCCAUCAAGGUGUUGAUCCGUUUGUUGCGCGACAUGUGCGCGCGCCACUCGGGACUAGAACCCCUGACCCCGUGGAUGAUAGACCUGCUGGCACACCACUGCAUCAUGAACAACCCCGCGAGACAGGCGUUACCCAUCAACGUAGCAUUCAGGCGCGCGUUGUCCCUGGUGGCGGGCGGGCUGUUCCUGCCGGGCUGCGCGGGGCUGCCGGACCCGUGCGAGGCGGCGCACGCGCGCGCGCACACCGCCCUGGACCUGUGCGCGCAGGACCUGGCCGCCGCCACGGCGCAGACUUUGCUCCGCGUGGUGGCCCGCGGCGGUCACCGUUACGUGUUGGGCCUGCAAGCGUUCGAGGGCGGCAAGGACAUAUCCACCGAGAUCACCGUCUGGGACGGCGUCGUGGUCUCACCGCUGGCGCCCGCCUACCAGGAGACGCCAGAGCCGAUGGACACAGACGAUAAAGAUGAUGACGGCGUACAAGACGGUAUCGCUGCUUAGUGUUAAGUUAAUAUGUUAAGUGAACGUACACAUUGUGAGUUCUAUUAUCUCUAAAAUAAAUUUGUAAUUUACAUUGUUUUUAAUUUCUUAUCUCAUGGAUACAAUCGCGUAUCCAGAUUAUAAAUAAACUUAAAUGUAGUGAUACUUUGAAAUGUCAGUAUGUAAACUUAAAAUAUACCUGUUAUG